GAAUUUAAAUUGUUUCUUCAGUUUUUUGCUUGGUUUUUAUUCCCUUCCGCCCCAGUUUUCAUAAUUACAUUUAAUCAGACUUAUUAGCUAUCAGUUUGAUCAUUUACAGUAACAGUCUAAGAAUAUAAUGAAUUUUAUUGAGAAGAUUAAGCAUAUGAACGAGAGUGACGGAGAAUCAGCAACAGAAUAUACUAAACUCAUGACUUCUUUUGUCAAUAGUCAAUAUUCCAAAACAGAUAGUAGUCUUCAAUCUAUUCUAACAGGAGCAAAUAGAGAAAGAAUGCCACAGUCAGUAUCUGAUCCAUCGGUGGGGGGACGUAGUGAAAUGUACUCACCGGUAAGGAAUGUAUGUUCUCAAGAGCCUGCUCCCGGUGAAGCUAAUUUUCCAGAUGGAGAAUCUAGUCAUGCACCUUCAGAAGAUUCUGUUGCCACCAAUCAAUUGGUUGGACGAUCUGCUCAUAACAGAUCAAAUCUUCAAUCCUGGGAUGAAGAAGAAGAGGAAGAAUUGAAAUAUGGUGCCAAACAUGUUAUAAAACUCUUCAUUCCAGUUUCACUUUGUAUGUUGGUUGUUGUUGCUACAACCAGUUCAAUAACAUUCUACACUCAGACAAACACUUAUCUAGUAUAUACUCCUUUCACAGACCAAACAGUUGAUACCCCUACAAAAGUAUGGCAGUCAUUUGCCAAUGCUUUUAUACUAAUGGGUGUGAUUGUUGUAAUGACUAUGCUGCUGAUUGUCCUGUAUAAGUUCCGGUUUUAUAAAGUUAUUCAUGGCUGGCUGAUUCUGUCAUCUCUAAUGUUGCUGUUUCUCUUUGCUUAUAUUUAUUUGGGUGAAGUUCUUCGUGCUUAUAACAUUCCAAUGGAUUACAUUACAGUAUCUGUCAUUAUGUGGAAUUUUGGAGUCGUAGGAAUGAUUUGCAUACAUUGGAAAGGACCAUUGCUUUUACAACAAGCUUAUUUGAUUCUGGUUUCAGCCCUUAUGGCUUUAGUUUUCAUUAAGUACUUACCUAAUUGGACAGCUUGGGUUGUUCUUGGAGUCAUUUCAGUAUGGGAUUUAAUUGCUGUCCUCUGUCCUAAGGGCCCUUUGAGAAUUCUAGUCGAAACAGCUCAAGAAAGAAAUGAACCUAUUUUUCCUGCACUAAUUUAUUCUUCUGCAAUGGCUUGGUAUGUCACAAUGAGUGAUACAGAUCGCACAACCAAAUCAAGGCAUUCUGGUGAUCAAAGAACGGACAAUGAUGAAGGAAAUAACAGUGCUAAUGCAGACGCACCUGAAGAAAAUGGACCUCGUGAUGUUAGAGGAAGUCAGCGUUCUGAGAGAAGCCGCAGAGCUACUGGUUGGUCCAAUAGAAAUCGUAAUCAGUCAGUACCCAAUCAUGGGGACCACGCAGAAGAAGAAGAGAGGGGAGUGAAACUUGGUCUUGGUGAUUUUAUUUUCUACAGUGUUCUUGUUGGAAAAGCAUCUUCUCAUGGGGACUGGAAUACAACUUUGGCUUGCUUUGUUGCUAUACUUAUUGGUCUAUGUUUGACCUUGCUCCUACUAGCUAUCUUUAAGAAAGCUCUUCCCGCCCUUCCAAUCUCCAUUACUUUCGGAUUGAUAUUUUACUUUACUACAAGCUCUUUGGUUCAACCAUUUGCUGACAGUCUUGCAAGUGAACAAGUUUAUAUAUAAUUUUUUGUCAUUGAUCCUAUAUGCAAUAUGUGUCUGUAUAUAAAUGCUUUUCAUUCAUCUAUUUGUAUGUGGAUGUUAUUUUGACAUGGACAUUUAAUUUAUUUGUAUUCUUUGUCAGAUAUCAAUAAAAUUAUUUUAUUCGUCUGUGUAAGUAUAUUUUAUAAUGAUUUAAUUUUUUACCUUGUUCCAAAACAUUCAUUUUGUAAAAAAUAACAAUUCUCAUAAAAUACUAUAUUGUAUAUAAAUACUAUAUAUAUUUAUAAUGAAAUCUCUUAAUCUAAUUUAAGUCUUUAUAAUUUCCUAACUUUUAUCUUAAUUUAACCCAUAUUAACUUCAUUCUAAAAUGUUCUCUUAUUUUCUGAUCCAAUUUGCACUUUUUUAUUUAAUUAAUUUUACAUGCACUGUAUAAAAUUGUUCACUUCAGCAUUUUCCCACUAUCCAAGUGAAGGGAUAAAAAUCCUUUGUUUAUCACAUUCUUUUAAAGAUACCUAAAUUUCUCUUUCCUAAGACUUCAAGUGUCAAAGAAAUCCCUAUCAAAAUCUCACAGUAAAGCCAUUGAAGGGAAAUAUGUUAGUCAGUUUUGCACUUGUAUUGUAAUGGAAAUCAGUUUUAUUGUUGUCUCUUUCCUAACUAUGCUUAUUGUCUGUUUCUUUUGCUCUUGUGUCAUGAUGUAGACUGAUAUAUUUCUUACCACUCAUUUUUUGUAUGUAAUCUAUGCCUGCCCUUGUGAAAUAAAUCGAAGUUUAAAAGUU